AUGAUGAAUCAGCUGCUUUUGGAUAUGAUGAGAGGGAUGAACUUUGGUAGCAAAGUUGAUCAUUACACAAACAAGGAGCGCUUGGUUGCAGAAGACAAGAAAUUUUUAUCAAAAUUGCAAAACCCUUUCCCUGACCUGCCUAGCAAUUAUAGUUCCAUUGUCAUGAUACAAUCAACCGAUAGAUUUACCGGGUAUCGUUCUCAUUCUGGAAAUGUUGACUUACUCCCUCAAAAUCGGGUCUCUAUUAACGACCUUAUUGAAAAUAUCGACUCACCUAUCGUUGGAAAAUACUUCCUCUGCCGAUGCAUCAUGCCACCACACAAAAUGAAGUCAAUCAUGACCGUCGUGGAUGACCCCUCGGGAAUCAAGGGCGUUCGAAUCGCCCUCUACAACUUCACCAACGCUACAACCAACCUGGAACGAGUCCUUCCGGUCGGCUCAAUUUUGGCGAUUAAGAACCCCUGGUUUAAAAAUACGAUGGACGGCGGGCUUACCGUGAGAUCUGACAGUCCUACCGAUGUCGUCAUGCUUGACGAAGAACAAAUGUCCCAAAUAUUUCCGGGCAUCGUAUGGGAAGGCAUGAUCCCGCGAGAAUAUAGAAAGCUGGCCAUAACGAGUGGUCACGAUGAGAAAACUGUAAAAAAAGACACAUUAAUCGGGCACUCUAAGUUGGCAGAUGAAUACGUCAAAGAGAAAAAGUACGCGGACGCCAUCGCAGCCUACACGAAAGCCUUGAAGAUUGACAAGGGUCAAGUCGACAUCUUGGAAAAGAGGGGCCAAGCAUACCUCAAGCUUCGUUGUUACCAACAAAGUUUUUGCGAUUCCUCUAAGAUGUUAAGUAUUUUCCCGUUUAACGCAAAAGGUAUCAUACUCAUGGCAAGGAGCCUUAUUGGCUUGAAAAGGUAUGAGGCAGUGGAUCAGUUGAUGCAGUCAAAACUGGAGAAAAAAAAGACUCUUAGAAAAAAUCUGGAAAUUUUGCAUGUGAAGGCUGAAAUUGUCAAACUUUUGAAACAAUCAAAAUCCGGGGGUAUUGAUUUAAUCGAACUCAUGAAGUUGGACAAGGAGGGUAACGAUGACAUUCAAAUCGGAGAUUUUACAGGACCUGUAAAAAUCUCUGAGACGGUGGAACCAAGUCAUGGGACGAGGGGGGUAAUUGCGACCGCGAAUAUUACCGCUGGGCAGCUUUUGAUUUGUAGUAAGGCGUUUGCCUUUUACGCCUCGACUGAUGAGAUGCCGACAUGCAGCAUUAAUUUUGUAGACAAAAUCAUGAAAAGUGAAGGUCAUGAUGCUCUCGUUGGAUUGAUUGGACAAAAGCUAACCAUGGAGCCAGAAUGUCGAUCCGAAUUCUACAAUUUGUUCGCCGGACCGGAACUUGGCUUCAUUUCCGGAGCCAAAGACGACGCAGAAGUCGAUAUGAACCGGAUUGACUUAAUCACAACUUUCAACGCAUUUUCAAAAUUAGCGGGUAAUGGAUACACUGAGCGUCUACUCUUUAGCGGCGCCGGGAAAGAGAAAUCUACCGGAAUUUGGAUUUUACCUUCGUACAUUAACCACACCUGCGCAGUAGACAACGCUCAUUGGGGAAUAUUUGGAGACGUUAUUGUAGUCCGGGCCUUCAAGGAUAUCCGAGAGGGUGAGGAAAUCCUGAUAAAUUACACUUUCCCUGGCUUACCUUAUCAAGAACGACUAAAUGUAUUCCACUCACACGAAUUUAUCUGCAAAUGCUCCCUGUGCGCCUUGGAAUCAGUGGAAAGCUCAGAAGUUAGGUUGGAGCGAGAAAACAUCUUCACCAGGAUUGACAAAGAAUUGCCAAAUGGUGGCGCCGUGAACAUCAGCAAGGUUAUGAAAAUCGUGCAAGAUUUGGACAAUCUGUGCGCCCAGAUUCCACGACUUAACCGCAGUCUUUGUCAAUCGAAAGUAAUGCUCCUUGCCAGCGCACUUUUUAAACAAGGAAAUUAUGAAAACGCAUCUAAAUUGAUGGAGAAGAUUCACUUCGCCUCGGCUGCCACGGCAUUUGUGGACAUUGCUGUGUCCGCCUCUAUGAAUAAUUUAAUUUGUCAUAUCCGCAUGAAGACGGGAAUGGAAGGGGUAUGGAUUCAGAAAUUGCGCCAGGAUUUGAUCAAUGGAUAUGGGUCGGUGGGGGUGAUGCAGACUAUCGCACCAAGCACGGCCGAGGUGUUGAAAAUGAUGUUGGGCUAUGAUAUAUUCCAAGCGGAAAAAUCUAACUAA